GGCCUACUAAAAUGUAUAAAAAGCCCUCAGUGCAGUGUACCGACGAUCCUCUUAUCUCCAAACAUGCAGCUUUCUGUGCUCUUUACUGCGCUUGUAUCUUUUGUCAUCCUUGCGGCAGCGUCACCCGCUGCGCCAGGAGCCAUCUCGAAACGUUUCUUUAAACGAGAGAACCUUGACAUCAAUUUUGAACGUGAUCUCCCGAAGACUGGUCUUGAUGAUCGGGGUCUGCCAUGUGACGAAUCGUUAGGCUCGGACUGAGAACGAGAACGAAGACUUGGGAUUGGGUCAAAGACUACAGAACGGGGAGAAUCAAAGGAGAACGUGUAUAAGGCAUGCAACGAAGAGUGAUUGCGUAUGUAAAAGAAAGAAAUGAGUACAUACGAGAGUGACGUCGAUAGUUGUAUCUUAACAAGCAAGACAAACGCGAGCAGCUGAAGACUGGUCUUGAUGAUGGAGUGGUGAUGCUUUUCAUAAGACAACACGCUGUCAUCAUGGCGCCA